AUGGCCUCCGCUGCUAGAACUGCCUCCCGGGCCUUCCUUCGUUCCACCCCGGCCACCUCCUUCCGACCUGCUGCCCGCAGCACACGCUUUGCUCUUCCCUCCCAGGGCUUCCGUGCCUCGUCCCGUCGGGGCUAUGCCUCUGAAGCUGGUCAGGGCAAGUCUUCCAAUGGCCUUCUUUGGGCCGGUAUCGCCGCUGCUGGUGGUGCUGGAGCAUACUUCUACCUGAAGGGUGGCGACUCUUCCAUCAACUCCAAGGACUUUGUCCCUUCGCAGAAGGACUACCAGGCUGUGUACGAUGAGAUUGCUCGUCGCCUUGCCGACGAGACCGACUAUGAUGAUGGCAGCUAUGGACCGGUCCUUAUUCGACUGGCAUGGCACGCAAGUGGUACCUAUGAUAAGGAGACUGGCACUGGAGGAAGCAAUGGCGCCACCAUGAGAUAUGCCCCCGAGUCCGACCACGGCGCCAAUGCCGGUCUGAAGGUCGCCAGGGACUGGUUGGAGCCCACCAAGGCCAAGUUCCCUUGGAUCACCUACUCUGAUCUCUGGACCUUGGCCGGAUCUUGUGCCGUCCAGGAGCUGGGUGGCCCUACCAUCCCCUGGAGACCUGGCCGUCAGGACAGGGACGUGGCUGCUUGUACUCCUGAUGGACGGCUGCCCGAUGCCUCCAAGGAACACAAGCAUAUUCGCGACAUCUUCUACCGCAUGGGAUUCAACGACCAGGAGAUUGUGGCUCUGAUCGGUUGCCACGCUCUGGGCCGUGCUCACACCGACCGGUCUGGCUAUGAUGGCCCCUGGAAUUUCAGCCCGACUGUCUUCACCAACGAGUUCUUCCGACUCUUGGUUGAUGAGAAGUGGCAGCAGAAGAAGUGGAAUGGCCCCGCCCAGUUCACCGACAAGACUACUGGGACCUUGAUGAUGCUUCCCGCCGACAUGGCUCUGAUCAAGGACAAGGAGUUCAAGAAGCACGUCGACCGCUAUGCCAAGGACAGCGAUGCGUUCUUCAAAGACUUUUCCGAUGUUUACGUCAAGCUCCUCGAGCUGGGUGUUCCCUUCACGAGCAAACCUGAGGAUCGCUUCGUGUUCAAGCCCUCCGAGUAA